UGUACGCUCAAAUUUCUCUGUUGGGUAAUAGUAGUUAUUAAGAACUAGAGACUAGUGAGGCUUAAAAAUGGUUGCAAGUGCUGCUACAAUGCCUCAUUCUGUCAAUGUUCAUCAGAACAUACAAAUGAUGGAGGAAAAUUCAGUUCCUCGAUUGGCCACUGUUUCUGAGACUCACUCUUAUGAUCAUAUUGUGGAGAAAGAGAAAGAGAUUCCAGAGAUUCCUUCAUAUGAUUAUAAUGUGAAGGAGGAGAAAAGUAUUAGUACUAGUAAAAUUCUAGUGAUUGGAGGAACAGGCUAUAUUGGACGGUUUGUUGCUUUGGCAACUGUGGCUGCAGGCCAUCAUGCUUAUGCUCUCAUUCGGCCCACAACAGCCUCUCAGCCCACCAAAGCACAGUGCCUUCAGGAACUGAAAGAUGCUGGUGUUCACAUUCUCUAUGGGGAUUUAAAUGACCACCACUCCUUGGUGAAGGCCAUUCAAGGCAUUGAUAUUAUUAUCUCCGUUGUAGGUGGUGCUCAACUUACAGAUCAGCUAAAAAUUUUAGAUGCCAUUAAAGAAAUUGGCACCGUUAAGAGGUUUCUUCCUUCAGAAUUCGGGCAUGAUAUAGAAAGAACUAAUCCAGUAGAGCCAGGGUUAAGCUUUUACAAAGAAAAGAGACUUGUUAGGAGGGCAAUAGAGGCAGCAAACAUUCCAUACACUUAUAUCUGCUGCAAUUCCAUUGCUGGGUGGCCUUACUUUUAUCAUACCCAUCCUUCUGAGCUUCCUCCACCCCAAGAUCAGUUUGAAAUCUAUGGAGAUGGAAACAUCAAGGCGUACUUUGUGACUGGGGAAGACAUUGGUAAAUACACCAUAAAGGCUGUGGAGGAUGUCCGGACUGUUAACAAGAGUGUGCAUUUCAGACCACCCAAGAAUUUCCUCACACUUAAUGAGCUUGCAGCAAUUUGGGAGAAGAAGAUUGGAAAAACUCUUCCUAGGGUUUGCAUCUCAGAACAAGAUCUCUUGGCCAUAGCCAAAGCUAACUAUAUUCCAGAGAGUAUAGUGGCUUCUCUGACUCAUGACAUCUUCAUUAAUGGGUGCCAAUACAAUUUUAAGAUGGAAGAACCCAAUGAUUUGGAAGUUUGUGAGCUUUAUCCAGAGAUGGCAUACACUACAGUGGAGGAUUUCUUCAAUGGGUACCUUUGAAUUCUUAUUUCAGUUCAUCAGUGAGAAGAUUUUAUUUAAUGGGUUCCUCUGAAUUCUUAUUUCAGUUCAUCAGUCAGAAGAUUUCAUCAAUGGGUAGCUUUGAAUUCUUAUUUCAGUUCAACAGUCAGAAGAUUUCUUCACCAUUGAAUUCCUAUUUCAGUUCAACAGUUAGAAGAUUUCUUCACCUUUGAGUUCUUAUUUUAGUUCAAUCACAUGAUGAUGCAACCUUUGAAUUCCUAUUUCUGUUCAAUCCAUGGAAGCAGCUCAACAACCUAGAAAAUUUUAGGAAUCAAUUAUUGAUGUGGGGUUAUUUUAAUAUUUCAUGCGGGUCUAUUUUUAUUUGUGGUGUUAUGCUGUUUCACCAACUAAUGAUUGGACAGUAUUCAUCAAAUCAAAUUUUAUUCCUACUUUCUUAUA